UCGGCGCAGGCGCAGUGCUGCCGGGUGGCGGGCUUGGCGCAGGCCGGCGCGGGCUGGUGAGUCCGGGUGGCCCUUCGCAUCGCCGCGGUUUCUCGCGGAGAGACUGGGGCUCACAGGGGCACCCUGGGUUAGCAGGAAGAUGGAGAUCGGAGUGCGGGUGCGAUGGAGGGACUUGAACCUCCAAAUCAGGGGCCUCGGGAGCUAUGGUCCUGAAAAGAAUAUGCUGCCGAGAUUUGGCUGUGGAGGGUGGGAACCUUCCAGGUACUCGAAAGCACUCCAGCUGGCUCUGCUUAUCUCCGACUGGGGUUAGUGGCAUCUGCCGCCCCAGUGGCUCCAGGACCCCUUUCUCUUUCCGAGUCGAAGUUUGGCUCCACAACCCUGUGCCGGCCGCUCGGGUCUGAGCGCGCCCCCAGGUCUGGCCCGCGAUCCCGCGUCUCCCCACAGAGCAGUGUGCCCCGGGGGCCUCCCCUCUUUGGUGCCUCAGGUCUCCUGCUUUGCCAUUCCUGUGUCCAGUGGUCCCUAGCCUGAGUUCCUGCAGCUCUGCCUCCUUAACUCCCUGACCUUGCCCAGGAGGAAGAAGAGAUGACCAAUUCCCAGGAACCUGUUACAUUCAAGGAUGUGGCCAUGGACUUCACUGAGGAGGAGUGGAGGCAACUAGACCCCACACAAAGGGCCCUACAUAAAGAGGUGAUGCUGGAAAUCUAUGACAACCUGGUCUUAGUGGCGAAGAAACUUGACGACUGUGCUGAAUGUGGGAAGAGCUUUAGUCGAAGCACAGAUCUUCGCUACCAUCAGAGAAUUCACCCUGGAGAGAAACCUUUCAUAUGUGAUACGUGCGGCAAAGGCUUCAGUUAUAACACAAAUCUUCGUGUUCAUUGGAGAGUUCACACAGGAGAGAAACCUUUUAAGUGUGAGUGCGGCAAGGGCUUCCCUCAGACCUCCAACCUUCGCAUCCAUCAGAGAGCCCACACUGGAGAGAGACUCUACACAUGUGAUAAGUGUGGUAAGGGCUUCAGUCGGAACAUAGAUCGCCAAGUGCAGCAGAGAGUCCACACAAACGUGAAACUCUGAAAACACAGACUUAUAUGCUCAUCUGAAAGUCCACAGAGGAGAGAAACUCUACAAGUGUGUGUGGAAAAAUCCUGUGACAUGAAAUUAUGUGUCAAGCUCUGGACUGACAAGCUCCACAGAAGGUUGAUUCCAUCACAAAGAGGUUUAUGUUAGACAUAACCAAUAAGUAACCCAGCACCCGUGCCAAACAAGGUUUUCCUCCUGGAAAGAUGCCCCUUACCUGGCAGAGGCCCUUCUAGACUGAAAGCCUCCUGGCUCUAAUUGAGCAUCUCCCCGUCCAUCAUGUCACCAGGCUCCUGGGUGCCUUGCACCAUGGAUUAUAGAAGUCUCCAGGUAAGGCAUCUUCAGAGUAGAUGUCUGUAGAAGAGACAGCUAAAGAAAGGGGCUGGGUCAGGAGAGGAAAGCAAGUCUGAAAGGAAAUGAUUAGAGGGAAAGGAAAAAGAACGGUGCCUAGGAGGGAGGUUGUGGGAUGGUGGGGGUAGAAAGCCCAGAGGCUUCUCCAAAGUUUCAAACAAGUGUGGUGACCCCAGUACAGGGCUUUCCCUGAGUAGUCUGAGCUGAGUAGAGGGUGAGCUGUAGUGGGUAGAGAUGGACCCCAUCAGCGUUAGGGCCAGUUGGGACCAGAGGUGGAAAAGCUGCUGUGAAGGGCCUUGGAAAGCAACUCCAUGCUUCAUUGUUUCCCCAAGUGGCCCAAGUCAGGUGGGACCAUCAUCCCCCCAAUGGAAGGAGGGAUCCUAUAGGAAGGCAGUAAUAAGGCUGACUCCCUUCAGGAGGCAUAAAUUAAUCAGAGACAGAGCCUGAGGGCCUGGCCAUGAAGCAGGAAGACUGGGGCCAGUGGAGGUUAGGAAGAGGUCAGGGACCCAGCUUCAUCAUUAAAUGUGAGUAAGGAAGAGAGCGGUUUGUCUAAAUUCUUUGUACUAUGUGCCCCUAGGCAGCCAUUGCAAGGGGAAGGAUAUCCACCAUUAGAAAGACUUUGGGGCUCUAGGAGGACUGUCAGCUGACCUGACCAGAGACCGUCGGCUCACAUUGGGAGCCGGUGUUGGUAUGCCCAAGGGCUAUAAUGGCAACUGGCUUGUGAGAGGCCCUCAAAUAUUGAAUGAGGGUAUUAAUAAAAUUCCAACAACUCA